AUGAAACCUAACUUCAAAGGCUCCAUGAUUAAAUGCGAUCCCGAUAACAUUCUCACCGAUGAAAAGAAGCGGAUACUGCGUAAGCAUAUAAUCCCCAACGCGGUGCAGAUGCACAAGGAUCGGCUGCUGGUGCAGCCGAUCGGCGGCAACAUCCGUGUUACACAUCUUACAGGAGCCCUCUGCCCGCACUUUACGAUUCCCCAAUCCCACCACACCACCGGUGUGCCGGAUACCGACUUUGUGCUGUACGUUGCGGCGGGACCAACUGUACCUGGUAUUGUUGCGUGGGCAAUCUACUGCCAGUUAGACCCCAGUGGUCGCCCCCUGGUGGGUGUUGCCAAUUUUGGGCCUCGAAACGCUCUGGAUAUUUUCUCUUCCACACGUACCCUGACUCAUGAGAUAUUGCACACGUUGGGAUUUGGCAUUGAAAUGUUUAAGAAAAAAAUAUGA